GGAUCAUGUUUAGGGGCUUCAACUGCCCCCUAACUACUGGAAAUUUAGUUACACAUAAUGGGAAUCAAAAACACAAAGGAGUUCAUGGAGAAAGAAGAAGACAACAAGAAUCAGAAAAUUGGAAACUACGGAUCAGCGAUCGAUCUCGGAAAUUCCAACGAUCGAUCAUUUCUGGUAUGGUUUUGCAGUCUUGCUUCUUCUUGAGCUCUGGUGCAUCUAGGCUUCUUCGUAUGUGAAAUCCCCCUUUCUUGAACAUCCAAGGAGAGAUUUUAUUCAGUUUGUAACCCUUUCCUUCUUUCCUUUUGGGACUCUAACUCCUUGAUUAAUGUUCUGAUUGAUUUAGGAUACAUUGACAUCCUUCUAUCCAAUAGGAGCAUCCAAGAGAAUUAAUUGCUGAAUAUCUUUUUCUCCAUAUUGCCUUAAGCUUCCUUGAUUCAUCAAGAGUCCACAAUUCUCCAUCAAUUGCACAUAUCUCCUUCCUUUUGCUCUUAUUUCUUUCCUUACUUCGGAAAACCUAAUAAACAUAAAAACAACUAAAUUAACCAGAAAAUAAGAUAAACUAACAAAGUAAAUAUGGGAAUUAACAACAUUAUUAUCGCAUAAUUACGCUCCUAUCAGUAGUGCAAGUUUGGAGUCUGGGUUUUUUUGGCCCCUUGAGUCAGUCAUUAUAGAGUUCCAGUGUGAAGUCUAGUGGUCGUUUCUGUGUAAGAGAUGUUGCCUAAAACUCAUUGUAAGCAGUUCAUUAUUAAUGAAGUUCUUCUUGAUCAAAAAAAAAAUCCGGUUUCUUUAUAGUAGGAAGUGAAAACUGGAAAGAUUAAUUUGAGGUGUAACAACUUAAAUUGGUCGUCAAAUUGGGUUAGUGAAGGGGAUUGAUGAGAUAUCAAACACAAAUGAUGGAAGUCUAAACAGGUUUCAAGAAGACAAUGAUCAUAUAUUCUGAUUAGAAAUAGCUAAAUCAGAAUCUACGUCCUUAAAACGAACAACAGUCUAAUUCCGUCAUUUGUUGUCCCUUUUCCAUUGUACAAUUCCAUUGCACAUCCAAUUCCGUCCGAUGUAGGAAAGCCAUCCACAUAUACAAUUUUCUUCGAAAAUCCUUUCCCAACUCAUAACAGUGAUCGAAUAACAUUUCCCCCUUUUUUUUUCUUUUUUGAUUCAAAUGCGUAACCUAUAAUUUUCAUUUCCCAAUGAGACAUACGCUCCCUUUCACCUGGUCAGCUACUGACUAGGGAUGAUUUGCUCACUUACCGUCCGAUUGAAAUCAGACGGUUGACAGGUAUCUGGAUUUGGAGAGAUGAGAUUUGUCAACCAUUCGAUUUCAAUCGAACGGUAAGUGAGCAAAUCAUCCCUGGUCAGUAGCUGACCAGGUGAACGGGACUGAUGAAACAUAUGGGAAUCAAUAAUGUAUGUACCUCAACAGCUUCUCGUGAUUGCUCAGAUGAAUUCUUUAAUCUGCAUGCAGGCCCUAAAAUUAUUCGAUCCACUAACAGACACCCCUAAUUUCUGGACUCCUUUCCCUGAUAUUUGUAUGUGAAUCCUGUAAUCAAGUAAAGGGACACUUUGAAUCUCCAAGAGAACUUCUCGACAACAUUGAAAGGUUACAUAUAUCUUCAUGACCUUCAUGAGUUAAUCUACUCCAAGUUAAAUUCAAACCCACACACACCAACAAGCUAGGACACACAAAAAAAUUCCAUUACAAGCUAGGGUUUGUCGAGUCGACACUCGACAUGCUGUUAAAUCCAAGCCAACCUUCUUUUUUUUAUAUGUAAUUCUAGUUAUUUUAUCAGGGACAAAACUGCGUCCCAGCUGGGAAUUAAAAGAAAUAUAAUCCUCGGUAUCCUCCAUAUGCUGUGAUUCUGUGUGAAAUAUACAUAUCUGAUCUCGUACAAAUUCGAACGUUUCUAGUUGGCUUUUCUUUUAUCUAGCAAGACAAACUUAAUGUACUUCGAACAUUUCUCAGAAAAUGUACUCCUGAGGUUAAGAAUAUGGAAAAAAUCAAACACUUUCAAACAAAAUUGAAAGCUUAAAAAAAUCAACCAGUUCUUUCACAUGCUCUCAAAUUGGGUUGCGCAAACAUGUCUGCAACACCCCACCAAAACUUGUCACUCUAUGACUCUAUCCAAUACUUUCUUCUUUUAAACAAAGAAAAAAAGUAGAAGAAAAAAUCCAUAUUAUAUAUAGGGAUACCAGUCAUACCACAGAUAAGGGUAAAGGAUCUCCAUACAUUUUGAAUUUGGUAGUGAAAUCAAGAUGAGCAUGAGUUCUUCCUCACUAGCUCCACCUGAUCCCAAAAGGUUAGAAGGCAAAGUGGCAAUCAUCACUGGGGGUGCCAGCGGAAUCGGAGAGAGCACCGCAAGACUGUUUGUUUAUCACGGUGCUAAAGUCAUCAUUGCCGAUGUCCAAGACGAGCUUGCUCUAUCCCUCUGCAAAGAACUCGACCCGGAUCAAGAAUCCAUUUCGUAUGUCCACUGUGAUGUCACAAUCGAUUCCGAUGUGAAAAAUGUGGUAGAUGUGGCGAUCUCCAAGUACGGAAAACUUGAUAUCAUGUACAACAAUGCUGGCAUACCUGGUAACGUGGACCCAACGAUUUUAGGUGCGGAUCACCAGAACUUCAAGCAAGUGUUUGAUGUGAAUGUGUACGGGGCUUUCUUGGGCGCCAAGCAUGCUGCUAGGGUUAUGAUCCCUGCAAAAAACGGCAGCAUUGUCUUCACUUCCAGUGUGACAUCGGCUAGUUGUGGCGAGUCUUCACAUGCAUAUACGUCGUCCAAGCACGCGGUGGUGGGGCUUAUGAAGAGUUUGUGUGUGGAGUUGGGGCAGUAUGGUAUUAGAGUUAACUGCAUCUCUCCAUGCGCUAUGGCUACUCCAUUGUUAACAAAUGCUAUGGGAAUGGAGAAGAAUGUGGUGGAGGGAUUGAUUUGUGCUUCGGCUGUUUUGAAAGGAGUUGUGCCCAGAUCAGAGGAUGUAGCCGAGGCUGCGGUAUUCUUGGCAAGCGAGGAGUCGAAGUUUGUGAGCGGACUAAACCUUCUUGUCGAUGGGGGUUAUAGCACUACCAAUCAAUCGUUUAGUACGGUUCUGAGGAAUCUCAUGUCCUCAAACCAUGUUUUGUAAGCAGCAUCUGAUUCUUAAUUUGCUAGCUUCAUUAGUCUACUAUGUGGAUCUUUGUGCUUCAACUGCUAAUUUGCAAAUUUAGCUAUUUGAAUUCCUCAA